UUCUUUGCAUUUAUCAACUAUUCAUUCAUUCUUAUCGGUUAUUGAUUAAUUAUCGGAAUAAAUACUGUCAAAUAAUUGAAUGAGCUAGAUAUCUUAAUUAAAAUAUAAGAUUAUCUGGCAACCAAAUAAAAUUAUAGUCAAUUUAUUCAUUAAAUCAGUCAUUGUUAUCCUUUUGCAUGCGACACUUGUUGUAGUAAUUAUAUCAUUUAAGUAAUUGGCUUAUAGUUUUAAAUAAUGGUGUCAGAAGGAAGGCAAGGAGACUAUUAUGGAGCUAUAUUAACAACAAUGAACAUAAUAAACCAAUUAAUGAUUUUAUCUGUGACCGGAUAUCUAUUAUACUUGACUGGUUUAAUUGUAUCGACAUUGAAUAUUCACAUUGGACUUUGUACAGUUGGGUACGUUCUAUUAAUGUCCGAAGCACUGAUGGUUAUGACCGAGGAAAAUGUUUGGUCACGUCGAUUUUCACGAUGUGGAAUUCACAAUAUCCAUUGGAAUUUACAACUACUCGGUGGCGCUUUUAGUACGGCUGGCGUAAUUGUUAUGUUUAAAAGCAUUGAAAAUCAUUUUAAAUCUACUCAUGCAAUCUUAGGAAUAACGUCGAUUAUACUCAUGUGUAUUCUAUCUUUUUCGGGGAUCACCGUAGUCUAUGCCGUAAAAUUAAAGAGUUUUAUACCGCCAGUUAUCUCAAAAUUUAUUCAUAAUUUCCUUGGAAUUGCUUCUUUCCUCAGUGGAAUGCUUGCACAAUGUUAUGGUUAUAAUAAAAAUUGGUUUAUUAAAAAUGCUGGGAAUGAAAUAAGAACUUUAUGUAUCGUAUUUACUGCGGUUAUAGCGUUUAUAAAUAUCAUACGACCAUUAAAAUCGCUUUACGCACAAAUAAAAUCAAUUUUAUAUUAAAAUAUUACGAAAACUAAAAGAAA